AAAUGAGUGAAAUUGCGACAUCUGUAGAAUUUAAUUCAAGCCAAGAAGCGGAAUUUUCUGAGUAUAAUCAGAAAUUAUUCUCCACAAACUUACGAAGUUCAACAAACACAGCAGACAUGAACUUGUCGGAUUUGGACAACAGUUUCGCCUCUUCCACGCAAUUCGAGCACAGCAACUCCCUGAAGAAGAAGAAAAGGAAGCGAAAGAGUGGCCCGGUUGCAUAUCAUCAGCGACAAGCUGCCAAUCAGCGCGAGAGAAGACGCAUGAAGGCCAUCAAUGAAGCGUUUGAACGUCUUCAGUCACACAUCCCCACUUUGCCAUACGAGAAAAAACUGAGCAAGGUGGAUACUCUUCGGCUCGCUAUCAACUACAUCCGAUUCCUGGACCAGAUCCUGAUAUCCUUCGAUUCCUACGAACAGACUUCGCUGCUACCUCAGUUCCCCGAGUCCUCCUUCUACCCUAUGAUUCCCCCCUCGCCUAUUGCUUCUUCAGCUGGGGGACUCAUUACUCACCCUUCAAAUCCCAUAUCAAUGGACUAUUACACACCAACCGAUCAUUUGCAUUCCACGGGAAUUGGCUCUUACUUUGAGACCGAUUAUUCAACCAUGAACAGAGAUUACAGAAAUGGAGCAACUGUUCAAAACUACCUAUAGCAUAAACUUUGCGUUAAUAUUAUCUGUCAAUAUCAAGCUAAAUCGAGUUACAUUCAAGUGUGUUUUAAAAAAGUCUUAGAAAAGUUCAGAAGAUCGAUCUUUAAGAAACAAAAAGUUCUUAAAAACCGCUCCCUUCUAGCAAAAUAUUAAAUCUGCUAUUAUUUGAUCUAUAUUUUUAUCAUUUAAUUGAGUCUUUUCGGCUUUUAGAAGUGCCAGAAUGGGUAACAAAUCAUUUUUUGUCCUUCGGAGCCACUGAUUUAACCACCUUGAUGGUUAACAGCCACAGCGUAGAGAAUGUGAAUUGAGAAACAGCCAGUUUCGCCAGAACUUAUUGUCACUUAGCAAUAGUUCUGCUGAUGUUUUAUGAUUGCGAUUCCAACUUCUGUCCGACAGAAAUUCCAAAUGGUAUACCAAACUACUUCUUCAUAUUUUUGUUGUUUUUAACGUUUAAUUUACUUCACGUUUGUAAAGAUUGAGUUGUAGAUAUGGAAAACCAAUGAAGAAACAGUUUGAUACGGAAACAAAACAAAAUAUUGUGUACUGAAGGCUUGAGUCUUCGAGAAAGCAAAACAAAUAUACGAGGCUCAGUUCUACAACGUGUUCUGGGUCAAUGAGUUUGAUGUUUCGAUGGCAUAAGAAUCACAAGCACGAGCUAGGGCUUUCGACCUCGAUCGUGCACCUCUCAGACACAUGAUACAGGAUCGAGUGAUGGCCAUGCUCAAUCGGUUCCUCAGCCAGCUUGUUGUGAUAGGGCGUGGAAUGUCGAGUUUUCUGAUAGUAGGGUGGCAAGUCGUUUCACUAGUGCUUGUGUGACAGGAGCCUGACCCCCAGAGGUUGAUAAAACUAUUGGGCAGAAUGACGCACCUUCAGUAUCGAGCACUCGCGAUUCGUAAUUCCUCCUUUUUUCUGUCUCAUGACGUCUGUAGAAUUGGUCCACUGUUGGUCUUACAGAGUGGACUGAACACUCGAACGUCAACCUGCGUUUUCUCAAAUCUACCUCCCCAAACACCACUUGCGCUGGUGUCCAAUCUUGCGCCAGCUUGAGAAUUUGAACCUGGUGUUAGAGUCCGGUCUACUUCUUGCAGCUGAGGUUCAAGUGCUACAUCGUGGCAAACUUGUGACAGAACAGUUGCAAACAAAUCGCGUAUUUCGUUGUGACGAACUAUUGGAAAGCCGCCCUUCGAGCAGCUCAACGCAUGUUCAACAUCAAAAUCUUUCGAACAGACACGAUGAUGUCAGGUGUGGUUCUGAGUAAGAAAGUGUACCUGCUUUGCAAGCCAUGGGUCAGAUAAGAUAGUGCGGCCUGUGGCUCCGUUUUUGCAAUGUCGCUCAGCGUCUGUAGCUCAGCAAGCCAUUCUUCCACCAAACCUGAUACGUAUUGUUCAACAAACUUCUGGCUUCCAACAACUGAUCCAAGAACGCGAUGUCCUUCCGUGAGAACGUCUACGCUCGAUUUCUUGAAUAUCUCCCUGACUCUUUCCUCAAACUCUGGUUUGACAAGAACUUUAGGUUUCUUCGCAUUCGGAUAGUACCCAAAGCUCGGUCCGAAUGUAGAGAUUUUGUCCCACCACAUCUUGAGGGCGUCUACGUCUCCUAUUCCGGUUGCAUUGUCAGCAAUCCAAACUUGUUUGCACCCUGAUGUUUCCGUGGCGCUGAUAAUGGGCAAUGCUGAGACUCCAAAAAAAGGCAUAGCUAACGGGUCACCUUAUGUGGUUCCUUCUUCCGACUGAAUGGUAUCAACAGAAAGAUAUAGUUGAGAAGGCUCUCGAUAAAAGUUAGUGCAAAUUGUGGAGAAUCCAGGACACAGUACUGAAUGUUUCUCAGGGCUGUAUGCCUGUUGAGUUCAUUGAACGCAUUCUCGGCAUCCACUAAAAGCAAUCCUUCGCAAUCAUGGUCCGUAAACAUUUUUCUGAUCGCAUGAAUAGCGGCUUCACAUCCAGCUUCAUGACCUGCAGAAAGUUGUUUGUUACCGGCAGCUUCACGGAUAUAUGGUUUCAAAACCGAUAAAGCAUAUUUCAUAAAUUAUGAGUACAUAAAUGAAAGAAUUAGUCAAAGUUUUUAUGACCGUUAGGCGCUGCGUUUCUUGUAGUCAAUUCAUCCUUUUCCAGUUAUGUCUCUACAUGCUAAUUCCGGUUGUUUUCCAGUGACCGUCAAGACUCCAUUUGAAGCAGGUGGUGGACUUGCUAAGUACCCUUACACAUGGAAAAAAUUUUACAGUCGCUUCAAAAUCGUAUUGUAAAGAAAUUCUCCUUGGUUUCCAGAUUUGCUUUUUUCACCAUUACUUUGCUAGAGUUUAUUCUCGAGUCUCUUUCGUUCGCCUCAAAGAGACCAGCAGUUGAGUUUCUGUCAUAAAAAACCCGGAGCAUAUCACCAUCCUUUAUUUUCUGCACGCAAGUGAUGCUGUCUAAACUUUAAAGACGUUUGUAAUAAGAUAAAAUUUCUAACAUGUUCUUUUUGAAUUUCAUACAUGAUCUUUGAUCAUUUUAUUGUAAAUGAAAAAUUUUAUAUCCUGACGAUGCACAAAAUGUGCGAAAACGUUUGAAUUAACAAUUUUAAAAAAUUCUUAUUAAUAAGAUAAGCUUUGGAGUCCCUCAAAGAGACAGGUCGCUCUUCUCUGCACAUUUUCCAAAAUCCUUCUGAGCUUGGAGAAGCUCAGAAGGAGAGCUCAAAAAGAGGAUUUCUGAGUACGAUUGAUCUUGAUUAUCACCAGCAUCUGGGACAAUGAUUACAAGACGAGAUUCCAACAACUACAUAAAGAAAGAAAUAGGGCUCUCCAGCGACGGCUGUGAAAUAUGGACAACAGUUUCAUUGCCAAAAUCUAUCGCCGUUGCAACUCUAGAAAAAGCAGACUUUUUUGUGGUUUUUGUGCCACAAAAAGACUAGCAGAACUGAAAGUGCAUCAUGAAACGAAGACUGAACCCUCUUACGCCAAAAUUACUAAGAAUAUGAAAAACAGCAGUCUCUGCGCCACCAUUGUUGAACAGGUUAAAGCGGAAGAAAAACAACAAACGGAAAAAUCAAACAACCUUGUUAUCCGUGGUUUGAAAGCCGACAAAGAUCAAACCGACAAAGAGAUGCUAACAGAUCUAGCUAGUGCGGUUUCUGUCACACUUAAAGAAGACGAAUUUACAACACGCCGAAUCAAAAACAAAAACAACGCCAAUGCGAAUCCGCUCCUCAUCAUUACGUUCAAAGACACCAUAACACGUCUAAAACUACUGAAAAGUAGCAAAAAAUUGAAAGAUUGCGAUGAAUUUAAGGGAGUACUUAUCAACCCUGACUAUACAAAAACCGAACAAGCACAGCAGUAUGAGCUACGACAAGAGCUGAGAAGCAAGAAAGAGAAUGACUCGGAAAAAACAUGGAUUAUUAGAAACAAUAUGGUGGUUUCACAAUGACUACAGCAGUCAAUGAAACCUAACACAGAAGAGCUUAAAGUAAUUCUGUGAAACAUAGAAAGUGC